AUGUGUCCAAAGUCCACAGGAAGAGGACUCCAACUAUUUGAUGAAAUCUACAUCGUCGACGACUACUUCUUUGGUCGAAUUAAAAGUUUUAUAGUUUAUUUGCUUUUAUUAUCUCCGCGAAGCAUACACCGCUGUGGGAAGUGUAGCUACCGCAUGUAAAGAUUUAAAAGCCUAAAUUCAUUUUCAGAAGGAAAGCAGAUAUGAUGAUUUUGCAGUUAACACGAUCUAUUUUGAGAUUUGUGUCACGACGGCUUCAUUUUCCUGGAUUUGAACGAAUAACUUCGGUCCUCUGGUCAUGCGCGUCAUUUACCUUCAUCUCCAUGCAAAAUCUUGACGCUGUUAAGCGAUUCUAUCUGAAUUAAAGAAAAUUCCCUAUUAAAUAUUAUGUUCAAGAUACACAAAAGAUAACUGGCUAUUCGGGUGUGAUAUAAAACCUAGUUCGGGAGCGGUACAUCGACAAUCACGCAAAUAUUUAAAUAUCGUCUCCGCGCGGAUCUCGCAUUUAUCUCGCUUUUUUUAACGAACUAGUAAAUAUUUGAAUAUUUUUCAAAUCGCGAUGUUGCGCCAAGAUAAAUGCGAGGCCGCUUCUAAAAAAAUGCGAGACCCGCGCGAAGACAUAGCGACAUGUUUACGAAUUCGUCAAUGUACUGCCAGCGAGCUCGGCAGUUCUUCUCAGUGUACCUCCAAAUGUUUAAUAGAGCACAGUCAAAUUGAAUAAAAAGUAAUUGGUGCAGUUUUUCAGUGUUUUUUUAGGCCUUGCGAGAUUUAUGCCUCUUCAAAGUUUUUCGAGUUCUACUUGACAAUCCUUUACUGCGUUAUAAUUCGAGAAAUUUCGCAUAUACCCUAAACUUUUGACGCGUCUUGUUUUUUUCGGUUUUUAUUGGGUCGCGUUGCCAUAUAGAUUCGAGUUCGUCCGAGAUUUUUUUCGCACGGUAAGUUCUUUCCGUACACUCAAAAAGUCUUACGCUGGUAGAAUAUUCUUAACUCAUUUCUAAAGUAUGGAAUUGCGCAACUUAUUUGGAUUCCUAUGCUUAUUACGCGCAGUGUAUAAUAAUUUGAAGAAUCCAAAAAAAGUGAUUAAAAUAGCUGAAUUUUUUUGAAUUUGUUCGUCAAUUUUUCUCUCCACCAACAAUUAGAAAACUAAUAAUUGUGAAGCAAUGAAUAAAUGCUGCUCCACAUUUUUUUGCAGAAUGAUUUCAAAGAAAGUACUUGAGAAGAACCAUAUCUUCGAAAAAUUAAGAAAUAGAAGGAGUUAUAUUGAAAUCAAAGGGGAAUACUUAAAAAGAAAUAUGAAAAAAAGAAAAUGAAAAAUGAGUAUAAAGGAAAUGACUGAGGAAAAGUAGGUAUGUGCGCGCCACCGCACAAGGUUACGGUGAGGCAAGCCACGCCCCUGGUCUAGAAAUAGCGGCGCCUAUAACUUAAUUUAAGAAAGUUUUGAUUAAAGAUAAUUUUGCAUCAACGCCCAGUCAUAGUGCGCGCAGUAUAGACAAAUUGAGGCAGAAACUACCGCGCCACCUUUGCAGAAAUUUUCGCACUGCUUGAUUGUGUUAAUUGUGAUAUCACUUAUCCACUAUCUUUCUCAUGCUGUUCAAAGUGAUUCCGCAAAAUUCAAAAUACCCGUCAGAGAUAGAGAAAGACAACUAUAUUUUGGAGGCCAGAUACCUUUUGCAUUUCGCGGAAAUUACUUCGAACACGGCAAAAGCUUAUUUUGAGACGCGCAGCGAAACAGUUUUUCAGAUUAGAAUUUUUCAAAAGCACGAGCCGAAGCGCGGCGAAACGCAGCAGGUUUCCACAGCGUGAUUAGACGGCUCCGCCUUUUCGGCAAAUGUUCGAUAUAAACUUAUUUUCAAAGUAUUUUAUUGAAGAAAUAAAAAAGAAGAUAUUCUCUGCUUAUUUUAAACUUACCUGAUUUGCCAGUUUUUUCUUCGUUCUUUUUUUUAAUUUUCUGAUCUUGUAACUUUCAGACGAAAGCUGUCCAUCGCCACAUUCGUAUAACUCAGCAAGGAUUUUUUUCCCUUAUAACAAUGGUGAGGUCUAUUUUGAGAAGCUGUACACUUGCUUCUGAUCUCUCACAUGGUCACACCGCUGGCCAAUUUUCGCUUUUCCUGCUGGCGUCUCCACGGGGACGCCAUUGCGACCUCUUCAACCCGAGCCUUCUAUCGCCACCCACUUUUCACCCAUUGCUUCUUUUUUUUCAACUCCUGUGGCCAGUGUCCAGUGUGUAUAUUUUUGCAGUGGAGAAAGGCGGAGAAUCUACAUAUUCUUUUCAUCGGGAGAGCGACCUCCGCUGCCGUUGGAGGUAG